AUGAGGGGAGGAAGGGGUCACCAGGACAAGAAGUCAAGAAGUCAGCUCCUUCUCACCAGACCAUGCCUGCCCUCUGAGAAGACCAUCACACACAGUUCCAAAGAUGGACUUAGCACUGCCUCAAGCGUUCUUCAACCUAAUCAGCAAAUGAAUAUUAUCUAUGUGGCUAGAAAUGCCAAGGACUGUCUGGUCUCCUACUAUCAUUUCUCAAGAAUGAAUAAAAUGUUGCCUGACCCUGGUACAUGGGAGGAAUAUGUUGAGACAUUCAAAGCUGGAAAAGUGCUGUGGGGUUCCUGGUAUGACCACGUAAAGGGAUGGUGGGUUGCAAAAGACCAGCACCGCAUUCUCUACCUCUUCUACGAGGACAUGAAGGAGGACCCAAAGCGGGAAAUUGAGAAGAUACUGAAGUUCCUGGAGAAAGACAUAUCAGAGGAAAUUCUGAAUAAAAUAGUCUAUCACACCUCCUUUGAUGUAAUGAAGCAAAACCCAAUGGCCAACUAUACCACUUGGCCCACCAGCAUUAUGGACCACUCCAUCUCCCCUUUUAUGAGGAAAGGGAUGCCUGAAGACUGGAAGAACGAUUUUACUGUGGCUCAAAAUGAAGAAUUUGACAAGGACUACCAGAACAAGAUGGCAGGAAGCACCCUAACCUUCCGCACAGAGAUCUGA